ACUCCCUGCGCGGCCGCCUAGCCGAGCGGACGCCCUCGGGGCCGCGCCGCAGCCCUCUGCGCUCCCCCCUAUCAUGCCCGGGGCCCGGGCCCGGGCCGCCCAAGCAGCCAGGACACCAUGCCCGAGGGCGGCGGAGGCGACAGCGGGGAGGUGGCCGAGUUCAUCCCGGACGGCGAGCCGCUGCGGGAGGAGCAGCGGCCCUUGAAACAGUCCCUGGGAAGCUCCCUGUGCCGAGAGUCGCACUGGAAGUGCCUGCUCCUCACACUGCUCAUCCAUGCCUGUGGCGCUGUGGUGGCCUGGUGUCGCCUGGCCACCGUGCCGCGCCUGGUCCUGGGGCCUGAGGCAGCUCUGGCCCGUGGGGCCGGGGGCCCGCCACCCACCUACCCAGCCAGCCCUUGCUCUGACGGCUACCUGUACAUCCCGCUGGCUUUUGUCUCCCUCCUGUACCUCCUCUACCUGGCUGAGUGCUGGCAUUGCCACGUGCGGUCAUGCCAGGCGCCGCGCACCGACGCCAACACCGUGCUCGCCCUGAUCCGCCGGCUGCAGCAGGCGCCACCCUGUGUCUGGUGGAAGGCCACCAGCUACCAUUACGUGCGCCACACCCGCCAGAUCACCCGCUACCGGAACGGCGAUGCCUACACCACCACGCAGGUCUACCACGAGAGGGCUGACAGCCGCACGGCCCGCGGCGAGUUUGACUACUCAGCGCACGGCGUCCGCGAUGUCUCCAAAGAGCUCGUGGGCCUGGCUGACCACGCGGCCACGCGGCUGCGCUUCACCAAGUGCUUCAGCUUUGGCAGCGCCGAGGCCGAGGCCUCGUACCUCACCCAGAGGGCCCGCUUCUUCAGUGCCAACGAGGGCCUGGACGACUACCUGGAGGCCCGGGAGGGCAUGCACCUGAAGGACGUGGACUUCCGCGAGUCCCUCAUGGUCUUCGCGGACCCCCGCAGCCCGCCCUGGUACGCCCGUGCCUGGGUCUUCUGGCUGGUGUCCGCGGCCACGCUGUCCUGGCCGCUGCGCGUCGUGGCGGCUUACGGCACGGCCCACGUGCACUACCAGGUGGAGAAGCUGUUUGGUGCCAGCUCGCCCCCGCCCGGGGCCGUGCCCAGCGGGCCCCCACUCUCCCGCGUGGCCACGGUGGACUUCACCGAGCUGGAGUGGCACAUCUGCUCCAACCGGCAGCUGGUGCCCAGCUACUCGGAGGCUGUGGUCAUGGGCGCCGGCUCCGGCGCCUACCUCCGUGGCUGCCAGCGCUGCCGCCGCUCCCUCAGCAGCAACUCGCUGCCCCCCGCGCGGCCCAGUGGGCCCCGCCUGCCUUUCAGCCGCAGCCGCCUCUCCCUGGGAGCCGGGGGCCGGGCCACACCAGGGGUCUUCCGAAGCCUGAGCGGGGGGCCGCUAGGGCGCCGGGGAGAGGACACGGAGCCCCUGGAAAGCCCACCGUGUUACGAGGACGCCCUUUACUUCCCGGUGCUCAUUGUCCAUGGUGACAGCGGCUGCCAGGGGGACGGGCCGGGUGCGCUCUGAGCCCCACGCGGUCCUCCGAGCGGCCUCCUCCCCACCGUCCCACCCUGGGCUUCGAUGCCUGAGUAAUUGUUGUCCAAGGCAGGAGGGAAAACAGACCAGCACACGAGGGGUGGGGGUGGGGCAGGGCCCUUCAACAGACCGGAAGGCGUGAAUGGACACCGCUGAAGUUGAGUCUCUGCACUGUCCCAGCAUGGCUCGCCACCGCCGCGUUCUGCCCCCUGCAGAGUCCGGUGAUCUGGCUUAGGGCCCUCCCAGGCAGGGCAGGGGGGCAAGCCUGGGAUGGGGGAGGGGCCCCGGGGACAGCUGUUGCAUGCAGCAGAGGGCUGCCUCUGGGCUCUGCCCUCCGUGGCUGAGGCCACGCUGGGAGCCCUCAAGCGACCCAGAAGCACAAGUUGGUGGUUUGGGGCCGUGCCCGGUUGGGCCGGCCUCCACGGAGCUGAGGAGCUGGCUGCCGGGACAGCGCCAGAGCCCCGGCCCCGCUUCUGGCCCAAAGUCCCCAUCUUCCUCCCCCUGACAGGCCCUUCCCUGCCUGACUCUGGCCUCUGCUGAGGGCCAGUCCCUGGUCAGACCCUGCAGCACAGCCCCUGUACUGGGAGCCCGGUUCUUGGAGCACAGCCUUGUCCCCCCGGCCCCCAGUGGUUCCCUGGUACGCCCUCCCCCCCAUUCAGCUCCCCUAUGACCUGGGGUUCCUUCUCAGGGCCCCGCCUGGAGCCCGCAUCCCCUGGUCUCUGUCCCGUCCCCCGCGAAGUCCACAUCUGCCUCUGUCACCCACGCACACGCACCCUGGGCUUUGCCCUCCCACCGCCCCCCUCCCACACUUCUCUGCUCUUCACCUUCCUGAUGACCCACGGGGCCCCGGGCCACAGGGCAUCCGAGGGACCUCGGCCUUGGCCGCGGCCUCUUGGACGAUGCACCUGCUCAGCCAUGGAGACCCCUGCUUCUCCCAUCAGUGGGGCCUGGCCCAGGAGACACCAUCUCUCCUCCAGGGAGGAGAGAGAAGUCCUUUCCCUUCGAAAUAGGGUUUCCACCCCCUCUGAGGGGCCAGUGGGGGGGGCGGGGGGAGGAGGCAGAGAAGAUGCAGAUAAAAUAAAAGGUAUGAAAUGGAA